AUGGGCCAAUUAAUAUCUGGUUUGAACCUCCGUCCUGGAGAUGCACUUGUACCUGAACUGGGUUUUGAUCUCGAGAAUGCCACACCCUCCAGUGAUGAGCUUCAGUUGUACAAUAAACUUUCAUCGUUAUUAGUGAAACCAGGUCCAGCUUUGCUACAUCUCUUGAAAAGUUAUGUUCCUGCAUCUGAUCAAAUUCGCGAUGCAAUUGCCAAACCAACUCCUGAAAAUGAAUCAAGAGCUUGGGAUGCCGUCUCUCCUACAGUCGAUAUUUUGCGUGAUAUUUAUGAUUAUUCAGCUGAUCUACAGGAAGGAUUGCCAAAGCUUUUGAGUGUCUUGUGUCAAGGUGAUGUUAGUAAAAAUUUGGAGAGGAAUCAAGGCUUAGCAAAGCUGUUUGCUGAAUUGCUGGAUUUUGUAUUUGAAUUUGAUCAUUUGAAGAUGCGUAGCCCAACACUUCAAAAUGAUUUUUCAUACUAUCGACGUAUGUUGCAACGAGGACGUUACAGUAGUCAAGGUGGGCAAGAUGGCGAUGACAAUUCUGUAUCAGAUUUAAGGAGUGCCAUGAUUGAAGAUAAUCAAGCCAACCGUAUAUCACUCUUUAUUGCCUAUCCUACUCCUAUGCUCAAAUGUAUCAUUGAUACCACUACAAAAUUUGUAAAUAAUAACCGAUUACAAAAAAGUGUGGGAGACUGGCUUGCUGCAUUAUGGGCCACUUGCUUCAAUACCGUUAGUAAGAAGAGAAAUCAAAAUCCUGAAAUAUCAGCAUUCUGUAUGAAGGUCAUGGUAGUCUCGAUUAUUCUGUACGACCACAUUGAUCCUAAUGGUGCUUUCUACAAGAAUUCGCCCAUCAAUAUCAAGCAUUCCGUCAAAAUUAUCCAGACAAUCAACACGGUCAAAUCCAACGAAUACAGCGCAACAAAUCUACUGUCUGCUCUGCGAUACAAUUCAAAACAUCUCAAUGAUGAUACUACACCAAAAAAUGUCAAGAAUUUGGUGUUGGCCACAUAA